AAUAGAUCUAGGAGCAAAUGCUGUAGUUGGAUAUUCACAGUGUUUUGAUUUAGAAGGAGAUGUCGGCGUGGUCGCACGAGGUAUUGGAACAGCUGUGACACUGAGUAAAAUGCACGAGAAUCCGAUACAUCAAAUUGUCGAUGACCCACUUGUUGAAGUGGAGCUCUUUGACGUCGAACGACAGAUGCAUCGCUGUAUGCACGAGAGUGCAACCGACAAAUUUUUUGAUAAAAUCUCUAAAUCAUGAUGCAAUAGACUUACUGGAGUAUCCAUUUCUUACUAUAACUAAAGUGCCACCUGGGUUCGUGCUACAUAUAGGUGCAACAGUAUCAGCACGAUCGGUUAAAUUGUUAGCCCGUGUUCCGAAUCCGGACGAUCCAGAAACGCGUGAUAUGUGGUGGAACGAGUUGCGUAUGGAAAUUCGUUCUCACGCUCGGGCAAUAGGUUGUAACAUGGUUCUUGGAUACAUGGAAUCCACUACUAUAUCAAAAAAACGGAAAAAGAUGCAAAAGGAGUCGCUGGCGAAAAAAUUAGAAGAACAGAAAGCACGCAACGUCGAACUGAUGGAAGAACUAAAUAGGAUGAGAACAGAAAAGGAGGCAUCGCUCCCAGCUAUUCUAAAUACCUCUACUCUUUCAAUUGAAGCAGAUGGUGUACAGAACAUUUCCAAUUUUGAGGGAGGUGUUGGUCCUUCUAGUACGCAAUGCGUAAGCAGUCAACCGGGUCGAGAAGAGUCGAGAUUUAUGUCUAGCGUACAUCAGUUGUCCAUCACAUCGAUAAACGUUCCGGAGUGCAAACCAGCUGAGGAGGAUGAUAUUCAUCGACACUCAUUCGAGAUGUGGAGAGAUCUUCUGAUGGAUUCAAUGAAGUUAGCUGGGAUAGAAGAUGAAACAACAAAAUUUACCGUUUUCAAAGUGAAAGCAGGACCAAGAUUGUUGGAGAUUUUCAAGAGUACAAAAUCUGACCCUAGUGCCCCAGAUCAAUUGGAAAGGCCGUUCUCCAAUGCCUUGUACAGACUGAAAUCAUAUUUCGGCUCAGGGUCAGAUGUAAUGUUACAAAGACGGAAACUCGCUUUAAUGUUUCAGAAAGCUGAAGAAACAGAUUUAACAUUCAUAAACCGAGUAGGAGCAACGGCGCGAAUGUGUGACUUUGAUGAGGAUAAGGAAUUCGAGCAAAUUGUCGGCACCAUCGCAGAACAUGCCCACAAUAAGGAAGUUCGUGCUACCGCUCUAAAGAUGCUCAGCAGAAAAGGAACAUUUACCGAUUUGGUAGACAAAGUACGCGAGAUAGAAGCAAUUCGGCUCAAUGAAGAAUUUUUUAAGCGUAAACAUGGAAAUUCAGAACAAGCCGUCUUAGCACCGGUUUCCGCCGAUUUCCCACGCCGAAGUAUUCAACGGAAAUUUGUGCAUCGUUCCAAUAUAGGAGGAAACCAUCAUCAGCGCGGUAAUCAGAGAUUUCACCCUUUUAACGGCUCGGGAGAAAACUUUCGCAGAUUCGGAGUAGAUAAUAGACGUCGCGGAGGCAAUAUAAGUAUAGGUAUGUCACGCCAACGCAAGUGUUGGAGAUGUGACAGUGCCUUCCAUUCGCCGGCCGAUUGCAGAGCCAUCGAUAAAGUAUGCCAUAGUUGCGGCCGUAUUGGGCACCUUCAGAGGGCGUGUCGUUCAUCGAAUCUCCGUGAUGCUAAGAGCCCAACUGGAAAGGAUAGUCAGUCUCAAGAACCAGCUGCAAAAUUAAUUGCAUAUGUUGAAAAGGAAGAAUCAAAUGAUUCAGUUGCGGAAAAUAGUCAUGUGGAGUAUUGCAUGCCUGCGCAAUUGGCAACUGUAAUGGAACAAAGUAAAGGCGGACUCAUAUCAGCUACCGUAGCAGGUAUGCCUUGUCAAUUUUUGAUUGAUUCUGGGGCGCAAGUCAAUACGUUCACGGAAGAUUUAUUCAUUAAACUAAAAACGGAUCAGUUCCAUAAAAACGAAAUAUUCAACUUACAAGAUAAAUCUGAUCGAACCCUUAAACCAUACGCGUCAUGCAAUGUCAUCAAGGUAUUAGCGACAUUUGAAGCUUUUUUGCAUAUUACGGAUAACAGACCGGUAUUGCUCGAGAAAUUUUACGUUGUAAGAGAGAUUCGGUCACUUCUCAGUAGAGCAACAGCAACUAGAUAUAGCGUAUUGCUCCUAGGUCUUAGCGUACCAGUUACAGAUGAGGGAUCAAUGCUUAACAUAGAAGUAAAUCCAGUUGCGAUUGCACCCAUAACUGAUCAAGAGAGUUUCCCUAAAUUUAAUAUUCCUCCUGUGAAGAUUAGCUACAAUAAAUCGAUAGCGCCAUGUAGGAAUAUCUUCAUGAAUAUACCUAUAGCGGUUAAACCACUUGCGAAAGAACGACUUCAUCAAUUGGUCUCGACGGAUAUCAUUGAACCGGUUGUAGAGGAAAUGGAUGUAUCGUUUUGUUCAUUCCUGCUUGUAAUUCCUAAAGGCAAAAACGAUAUUAGACUGGUCAUUGAUCUUAGAGGACCCAAUAAAUAUAUUUAUCGAACGCCUUUCACCAUGCCCACGCUGGAUAGUAUUCUCGCGGAUCUAAACGGAGCUCGUUGGUUCUCAACUAUUGAUCUUACCAACGCUUUUUUCCACAUCGAGCUAGAUGAAGAAUCUCGCCAUUUGACCACUUUCUGUACAGAAUUUGGAAUGUUUCGCUGUGUUCGGCUGCCUUUCGGACUGUGUAACGCACCGGACAUAUUCCAGGAAGUUCUGCAGCGAAAAAUACUAAUGGGAUGCAAGGGUGUGCGUAAUUAUUUAGACGACAUCCUUGUAUACGGCAAAACAAAAGAGGAACACGACGAGAAUUUGGCGCUUGUAAUGGAACGACUUCGUGAGCAUAAUGUGAAACUGAACAUGUCCAAAUGUGUGUUUGGAAGUCAAUCAGUGAAGUUUCUGGGGUUUGCUUUAACUGAUCGCGGCUGGAAAGUUGAGGAUGGAAAAAUAAGCGCAAUCAGAGAUUUUAGACGACCUGUGAGUUGUGCUGAAGUCAAGAGCUUCUUAGGAUUAGUAACGUUCGCUGAUCGAUUUAUUUUUAAACGUGCUGAUAAAACUGAACAUCUGCGAGCACUGGCUAAUGGAGAUCGUUUCUACUGGACUAAUAAUGAAGAAAAAGAAUUUGAAUUCCUGCGCAACGAUGCAUUAAAGUCAAUCAAAAGGCUAGGGUAUUACGACCCAGACGACCAAACAGAGCUACUUGUGGAUGCCUCUCCUAUUGGUUUAGGGGCUGUGCUCGUACAAUUUAAUAAAUCAUCAAUACCCCGAAUAAUAGCUUGCGCUUCCAAAGCCCUCACGGUCACUGAGCAGCGAUACCCCCAAACGCACAAAGAAGCCUUAGCAGUCGUGUGGGGAGUGGAACGAUUCUCUUCGUACCUCCUUAGUAAAAAAUUUGUCAUUCGAACCGAUUCUGAAGCAAAUGAAUUCAUUUUCAAUAGCAAUCACAGAUUUGGUAAACGGGCUGUCUCACGAGCCGAAACGUGGGCCCUACGUUUGCAACCAUAUGAUUUUUCUAUCAAACGAGUUCCGGGAGAACAAAAUAUUGCAGAUGCGCUUUCCAGAUUAAUCCACAAAUCUCAAGAAGCAAUACCAUUUGAAACCGAUAACGACAGCCAUUUCUUAUACACUCUUGAUCCAGGAUGCAUGGAACUAACAUGGCAAGAGAUUGAAACAGCUGCAGAACAAGAUAUAGAGAUACAGAUGGUUCGCAUGGCUCUACAAACUGACACUUGGCAUGAAAAGUUAUUAAAGUACGAAGCGCAUAAGAAAGAAAUGUAUUUUUUAGGAUUUUUAAUAUUCAAAGAUAAUAAGGUAAUUUUACCAAGCUGCCUGAGAGAUAAAGCGAUGGCAUCAGCACACGGAGGACAUUCCGGUGAAGUAUCUAUGAAGCGUAUAAUGAGAGAGUUUUUUUGGUGGCCGGGUAUGUCUGUAGACGUUGAGAAUUUUGUGAAAAACUGCGAAACAUGUGUUAGGUUAUCUAGGCGAAAUCCUUCAUUACCACUAGCUUCCAGAGAUUUACCGGAUGGGCCAUGGGAAAUAAUACAAAUAGAUUUCCUAUCGAUCCCAGGAUGUGGUUCGGGAGAAUUUCUAAUGGUUGUUGACACGUAUUCCCGUUAUGUGUCCGUUGUUGAAAUGAGACGUAUAGAUGCAGAAAGUACCAAUGCUGCCCUUUGCGGAGUUUUUUUGAUUUGGGGUUACCCGCAUAUAAUCCAGAGCGACAACGGGCCACCUUUUCAAAGUUCAGCAUUUGUUCAGUUUUGGAAUGAAAAGGGAGUUAAAGUACGCAAAUCAAUUCCACUCAGUCCUCAAUCGAACGGAGCAGUUGAGAGGCAGAACCAAGGGGUGAUUAAAGCUGUAGCAGCGGCCAAAUUGGACGGUAACAACUGGAGGUUGGCCAUGCAGCAAUACGUACAUAACCAUAACACCUUAAUACCACAUUCUCGCCUGGGAGUAACUCCGUUCGAGUUACUUGUAGGAUGGAAGUAUCGCGGCACUUUUCCAAGCCUAUGGUGUCGAAAAGAAUUAGACAGAUCAGAUAUACGGGAAAGAGAUGCUGUUGCAAAGCUGACAAGUAAAAAACAUGCGGAUAUGGCUCGAGGUGCCAAGGAAACACAAUUUUCAGUUGGUGAAAAGGUAUUGUUGGCACAAUAUAAAAAUAGAAAAACUGACCCUACCACAUUCAGUUCGGGAGAAGUACUCAGCCAAUUGCGUAAAUCAAAUCCCGCUUUGGAUUGAAUCCACUUUACUUGCAAGGUUAUUUCUCGUGCCUCUUCAAUCGUAUUGAAACUGUCGACAUAGUCGUCAACAUAAUGACAUUUCAAAAUGGCCUCGGCUGCCUUUGGAAACUUUUCGUUGAACUCCUGUGCGUUUUUGUUUUUUAUAUAUUGCGCGGAGCACGGAGAGCACGUUGCACUGAAGGUAGCUACGUUCAUGAGGUAGAUUUCAGGUGGUUUUGGUGGUGAACGGGUCUUCCCUCCAAAGAAAUCUCUGCGAGUGGCGGUCGGCGGUCCUUAUUUGAACUUGGUGAAACAUUUCUUUCGCGUCUGCGCUCACAGCGAUUGAUCCUUCUCGAAAUCGAAACAGCACUGCCGCAAGAGAUACUAAUAAAUCUGGACCUUUCAUCAGCAUGCUGUUCAGGGACACGCUCUCGACCUUCGCGGCAGCAUCCUAAAUUAGUCGUACUUUAUGUGGCUUUUUUGGGUUCACUACUGCGCCUAUUGGGAGAUACCAAAUUCUCCUCGGGUCAGCAUUCUGUAAUUCUGCUUCGCUUGCACGGUGAGCGUAUUGCUUGUCUUGGUAUUCUCUUAUUUGUCGGUGAAGAUUUUCCUUUAAAGUUGGCUCUCGGGCCAUUCUUCGUUCUAGACACUGCAGACGUUUGAGAGCCAUAUAAUAGCUAUCAGGAAACUCAAAAUAAUCUUGCUUCCAGAGCAGUCCGGCCUCAAACCGGUCGCCAACGCGAAUCGUGGUGCUUUCCAGGAUGCUGUUAGCUCGCUUUUCCUCAUCUGAUUCAACCGUUAUGGCUUUAACUCGUAGAUCUUCCUGGCAGUUGUAUUCCCUAACGACCUCGUGCAGUUCCUUCUCAUGCAUGUGGAAUGUGUGAUUUACAUCCUCUUCACCUUCGCCUCCGUAAACACUCCAGCCGAGCCUAGUCUUUAUUGCCACUGGGUGUUGUUCGCCACCUUCCCUAAAUUUAAGUGGCAUCGAAAUGUGCAAAUUAUUUAGUCCGAUAAUUAUCUGUGGAGUAGCCGCUUCAUAACUUGUCACUGGAAGACCGCGUAGGUGCAAAUACUUUUCUGCUAGCCCUUGAAAGUGAAGAGUCUGUUUGGGCAGCUGCAGCUUACUAACCGUGCGUGCAUUCAUGACGUACCGUCUUGCCUUGUUUCGUCCAGAGAUACUAACUUGAACAGCCUGCGAUUCGUUCUCUUGCCGAGUAACGUUGUUAGUCCACUUCAGCGUUAAAGGCCUAACUAAUCCUGUUAUGCCUAGCUUAUUUGCUAGGGUACUUUCGAUCAGCGUUGAAUCCCAACCAUCGUCCAAAAACGCGAAAGUCUCAACGACUCGUUCUUUCCAUGGAGCGUGACAGGCACCACCUUGAAAAGCAGUGCUGACUCUUUCGAUCGAUGCGUGUGACUUUCUGAUGUAGAUGAGCCAGCAAUUGGUCUCCUCCCAUGCGAGGUAGGAUGUGAUGCCUGAUUUGGCGUUCUAGGCGCGGAAUGCAGCAAAAUAUGAUGACGGUACUGGCAUCCAUCCUGUCCACAUUGGGUUGAAAAUCUGCAUGGCUUUUUGCCAUGACCAUUCAGGCAGCUCCAGCACAGUUUCAGGGUAUGUGCUUUUCGACUGCCUUUGGAAACUUUUCGUUGAACUCCUGUGCGUUUUUGUUUUUUAUAUAUUGCGCGGAGCACGGGGAGCACGUUGCACCGAAAGUAGCUACGUUCAUGAGGUAGAUUUCAGGUGGUUUUGACCUGAUUUUUGCCUGAUUUGGCGUUCUAGGCGCGGAAUGCAGCAAAAUAUGAUGACGGUACUGGCAUCCAUCCUGUCCACAUUGGGUUGAAAAUCUGCAUGGCUUUUUGCCAUGACCAUUCAAGCAGCUCCGGCACAGUUUCAGGGUAUGUACAAUCUUCCAUCGCUGUUCGACUUCCGACGAUUUAAACUCCGGACAUUCUUUCACGGCAUGUUCCGCCAUCUUGCAUACAGGACAGUUCUAGGUUUUUGGUACGUUGGGAGCUAGUACUACAUUCGAAUGAACGGGUUGCUCUGAUUCCGAAUGAGCAUGAGCGAAAGUUUUAUCAUUUCCUUUUUACCUCUCAUUAGGGGCUACAGUACCUGGCUAGCUGCUCGAACAAGCGUCAUGAGGAAAUCAUUUAAAUGCAAUAAAUCUGCACCGCUCAUAGUCCCUUUCCUAAGCGCCCAUUGUAAUCGUAUAUCAGCAGGUAAUUUGUCUUCCAGCUCUUGCAGCAACAUCGGAUUUGUCAGAUGGGAUUUUUGCUCUACUGCUUCUAAAUGCCUACAGAGAUUAUUAACCGCCAUACCGAAAUCGAUCAACAUUUCUAGCUUGUCUGACCGCGGAGCUGGUAUACUUCGAACUAUUCUCAGCAGCAUCUCCACCAAGAGCGCAGGGCGACCGUACAGCAUUCUGAGAUCAUCUAUAACUUGGGGAACGGUGUCUGGCACUAAGAGACUGCAUCGCAUCGACUCUAACGCGUGUCCCUUCAAGCAUCGCAGAAGUCGCACAAGGUUCUCUGCAUUGCUAUACCCACAAGCUAAUGUCAUAUUGUUAUAUUGGCUUAUAAAUAGACGCCAUUCUUCGGGGUUUCCCGAAAAGGUUGGUAAAUCACGUGGCAUGACGUGCCGAGCUGCAAUCUGCUGCUGCGAAGGUCCUUUGGAAGGAUCACGUGGCGCUUUAAAAGAGCGGCGCUCUGUAUCGGGAGCAAGAUCGAUGUGCACCGAGAGAGCGACGUCCAACACUGCGUGUGGAACUCA